UUACAUUUGCGGGAGUAUUUUAGUCUCCAACGCUAAUGUAGUACUCCGGCUCCAUGUGGCUGACGCAAGGAGAUUCGACGUCAGUCCUCAGAGUUUUGGGGGUUUUUCCAUUUUCUAUUAGUUUUCUGCAGACUCUUUCUAUCGCGCUCGGAGGAGAAGAGCAGAUGGAGGUGUACUCGGUCUGGGCAAUCCCUCCAGAAACGGUGAGACCGAGGCUGAAAGCAUUGAUGGAAAAUCUCAGAAACAAGUUCGGGGGACCCGAGUUCGGUCCCCACAUCACCAUGGUAGGCGCCAUCCGCCUGAAUCGGAAGGACGCGAUCGCCAAGCUCGUCGCUGCUUCCGAGGGGCUCAAACCGAUCAAGUGCCGCAUAAGUUCCGUCUCCAAAGGAACCUUCUUCUAUCAAUGCAUCUAUCUUCUUGUUCAUCCGGACGAUGAGGUGAUGGAAGCUAGUCGACAUUGCUGUGGACAUUUUGGAUAUGUGAGCUCAAGCCCCUACAUGCCACAUUUGAGUCUUUUGUAUGGAGAUAUCUCGGAGGAGGAAAAAGACAAGGCAAUAGAAAAGGCUAAAGCCCUCGACAAUGUCAUAGAUCAGCUGGAGUUUGAGGUGUCCACUCUUGCUCUUUACAGAACUGACACUGAAGACAAAACCCUUGAGUCAUGGGAGUUGGUAGCUGACUGCAAACUUCGAGAUGGAAACUAAUGGAUUACUUCGAAGCAGAGGGAUAAUAUCUUCUGUAACUCGGUAUUGUGGUUGUGGCUUUCUGGUCACAAAGAGACCUGGUCCAUAGUAAUGCAAGUCUCGUGCAUGGUUAUAAUAAAAGCUUGUGUCUACAUGGGACUACAAGCAGUUGGGAGUUUGUAAAACUUCUUCUGUUCUUUUUGAACUGAACGAAUGACUGGAUUUUAUUUACCGUCAUCCUUUUCAA